CUCCCCUCUUGACCACCACCAUCCUCCCCCUCACCCCCCAGAUUAAGAGACAGAUAUAUACACAGAAUACAAUACAAUAAAUCAUGCUCCUUCCGCAGGCAAGACUCUCCGCCUUGCGCGCCCUCCGCGCCACAACAGCACCCCGCUCCAGCAUCACCACCACCUCCGCGCUUGCCCGCCUUCUCUCCACCCUCGCCGUCCUCGAACAGCGCGAUGGCAAGCUCCAGUCCUCCUCCUUGUCCGCUAUCGCUGCGGCCCAGAAGUUCGGUGGUCCCGUGACGGCCUUUGUGGCGGGUGCUGGCGUGAAGGGUACUUCUGCUGCCGAGGCGGCGCAGAUUAAGGGUCUGGACAAGGUGUUGGCGGUGGAGAAUGAGGCUUAUGAGAAGGGCCUCCCCGAGAAUUACGCCCCGUUGCUCGUCGAGAACAUCAAGAAGGGAGAAUUUACGCACGUCGUGGCUGGCCACUCGGCGUUCGGAAAGAGUCUUCUGCCUCGUGUUGCUGCUCUGUUGGAUGUGCAACAGGUUUCGGAUAUCACGGGCAUUGAGAGCGAAGAUACCUUCGUCCGCCCCAUCUACGCCGGUAACGCCAUCCUGACCGUCCAAUCCACCGACCCCAUCAAGGUCCUCACCGUCCGCGGCACCUCCUUCCAAGGCGUCGAGACCACCGGCGGCAGCGCCUCCGUCACCGAGGGUGUCGACCCCAACACCCCCGCCCAAACCGAAUGGGUGUCCGAGGAGCUCGCCAAGUCUGAGCGUCCGGACCUUGGUACCGCCAGCCGCGUCGUCUCCGGUGGCCGUGGUCUUAAGUCCAAGGAGGAGUUUGACCGCGUUAUCGUUCCUCUGGCUGAUACAUUGGGUGCUGCCAUUGGUGCUUCCCGUGCUGCUGUGGACAGUGGCUUCGCGGAUAACAGUCUGCAGGUCGGACAGACGGGUAAGAACGUCGCACCGCAGUUGUACCUGUGUGCCGGUAUCUCGGGUGCUAUUCAGCACUUGGCGGGUAUGAAGGAUAGUAAGGUCAUCGCUGCGAUCAACAAGGACCCCGAUGCGCCGAUCUUCCAGGUUGCGGAUGUUGGUCUGGUUGGGGAUCUGUUUGAGAAGGUUCCUGAGUUGACGGAGAAGCUGAAGCAGUGAUUAAUUCAUGUUCAUGUUUGUGCUUUUGUAUGAUGUGGGUGGGAAGGUGAGGUGAUAGAUAUACCAAUGCC